AUGGCGGCGCCAAGUAGCGGUGUGAACUGUGAGGAGUUCGCCGAGUUCCAGUUGAUGGCGGCUCAUGCCAGUAGGGACAAAGUCAUUAAAAAUUGUAUAGCUCGGACCUCAUCAGUAGUAAAAAGUCUCCGAGAAGAAAGAGAAAAGAAUCUGGAUAAUUUAACAUUAUUAAAGCAACUUAGGAAAAAACAGACAAAGUUGAAACGGAUGCAGUCAGAACUAAGUGUUGAAGAAGUGGUAAAUGACAGAAGCUGGAAGGUGUUUGACUAACGCUGCCGAAUUCACUUUAAGCCUCCAAAGAAUGACUAGAAAGGUACUUUUUCUAAAAGGACUGAGUCAUCACCUAAGAGCUAUAAGCAUGACAGAUAUCAACAGGGUAGGCUUCCUAGGAUGAUUUCUGAGCCAACAGUCCAAGACCUUUUGUUGAUUUCAGCCCCACUUAACCAAGACCUCAAGUAUAAAUAAUUCUGAUAAUUAUGGAGAAAUC